ACGAAGCAGCCCCGUUUAUAUUUAAAACUUUAGCCUGCAUUUGCUGACGAUAAAUUGGAUAUACUAAAGCGUUUGGAUACAACUUCAUCGGAUAACUAUUUUUGUUUUAAAGGAGUUAGGAUUCGUUUUUCUCACGAAAGUGUGUGGGACUGCCCUGUGUCCUGGUGCCUCCCAUGUCCUGGCCUGCUGAGGCUGUAGCUGCUGCUGGGCCUGGUGUCUGCUCGCUGGGCUUGGGCUAGAGCUGAACCAGGGCUUCUACUGGUGCUGGUUGAGUGUCCCAUCCCAGGGGCCUGGAGGAGCCUAGUCCGUCUGGGCCAAAGGGCCUCUCCGGACCACCUCCCAGACACACGAAGAUGAACAAGCUGACCAGCUUCCACAACAACAAAGCUAUGCAGGACCGCCGCUGUGUCUGCGUCUUCCUCCCCAACGAUGACACGCUCAACGUAAUCGUCAAUGUGAAGACAUUGUGUCAGGAGCUGCUGGUCCAGGUGUGUGACCUGCUCCGACUGAAGGACUGUCACCUGUUUGGACUCAGCGUCAUUCAGAACAAUGAGCACAUCUACAUGGAGUUGGGUCAGAAGCUGUCUAAGUACUGUCCCAAGGAGUGGAAGAGAGAGGCCAGCAAGGGCAUCGAUCAAUUUGGGCCUCCUAUGAUCAUCCACUUCAGGGCUCAAUAUUACGUUGAGAAUGGGAGAUUAAUAAGUGACCGCUCAGCCCGGUACUACUACUACUGGCACCUGAGGAAACAGGUGUUGCUAUCGCAGUGUAUGCAGAGAGAGGAGGCCUACUUCCUGUUGGCAGCCUUUGCUCUCCAGGCCGACUUGGGCAACUUCAAACGCAACAAGCACUUUGGGAAGUACUUUGAACCUGAGGCCUACUUCCCUCCAUGGGUGAAGGCCAAGCGAGGCCGGGAUUACAUCCUGAGACACAUCCCCAACAUGCACAAAGACCUGUUUUCCCUCACCGCCUCAGAGGCUCAUCUCAAAUACAUCAAGGAGUGUGCCCAGCUGGAUGAUGUUACAGUCCACUACUACAGACUCUAUAAGGACAAAAAGGAUGUGGAGGGUUCCAUGACUUUAGGACUGACCUUGCGUGGGAUCCAAAUAUUUCAGAAUGUGGGGACAGUGAAACAGCUCCUGUAUGAUUUCCCCUGGACCAAUGUGGGCAAACUGGUAUUUGUGGGUAAGAAGUUUGAGAUCCUGCCGGAUGGUCUCCCGUCGGCCCGUAAACUGAUCUACUACACCGGUUGUCCCCUGCGGUCCCGCCACCUCCUACAGUUACUCAGCAACAGCCAUCGCCUCUACAUGAACCUGCAGCCUGUUCUCAAACAAGUCCGAAGGCUGGAGGAGAACGAAGACAAGAAGCAGUACCGUGAGUCAUACAUCAGCGAUGCGUUGGAGCUGGAUAUGGACGUGCUGGACAAGCGUUCCCGGGCCAGCGGCAGCAGCGCCGGCAGCACCGUGUCUCACCUCAAACGCCUUUCUCGCCACUCCACCGCCAGCCACAGCAGCUCACGAACCUCUGGGGUGGAGACAGACAGUUUCCUGGCCCCUGGAGGGGCCCUACACCGGGCCCUGAGAACCUGCAGCUCUUCAACUACUAGCCAUGGAAGCUCACACACCUCGGGGGUCGAGAGCGGGGGCAAGGAGCGGAUGCUGGACGAUGAUGAGAUUGAGAUGUUAGUGGACGACCCUAAAGACUAUGAGUUCCAUGAGCUGACCCUGGACCUGAACCAGGACCUGUGCAUCCACAUCACUGAGGACAUGCUGACCAUGUCCCCUGACCAGUCCAACGGAUACUCUGGACUCAUAGUGAAGGACUUCAGCUCAUCCACCUCCAGUUCCUCUGAGACCGUUGUGAAGAUGAGAGGCCAGAGCAUUGAGUCUCUUCCUCAGACGACGGUGUGCAGGAAGCCUCAGACAUCGACGGACCGCCACAGCCAAUCCCUGGACGAUGUGCGUCUCUACCAGAAGGGCUGCCUCCAAUGGGCGGAGCUAUGCCAGGACACCGCCCACAGCUACACCUUCGGCUGUGCCCAGGAGCUGAGCGACAGCAGUGGUUACCAGGGCAACCUUGCCGAGCAGUGCGCCGGGAUCCGCGGUGAACAGCUUGACGGCUUCCCCAUCAAGAGGACCAGCAAGUACUUCUCCCUGGAGCUGACCAGCGACGAGGUCCCAGAGUUUGUGGUGUGAUGGAUGGAUGGGGGAGGCAAAAAAGGGUGGCCUCAUGACCCCUGCCUCCACCGCUCAGACCUGUAGGUGCCUCAGGAAACAGAAUGGGAUGAGAGAAGAGGGUUUGAGGUUUGGAGAGGUGAUACUUGGUUUAUCUGUCUGUUGCCAUAACCUGUCAGCCAUAACAGCCAUCUGCACCAUACUGGUACAUCACCAGUCAACGUAACCAUGGUAAUACCUGAGACGACCUACACCGGAGAGACAGAUAACUGAUAACGAAAGCCCUUUCAGAGGAAUCUUUUGCGUAAACGGGGGUAUAAUAAAAAAUAUUUAAAAAAAGGAUAAACCUUUUCUAGGUUUCAAGAAAAGCUGACAGCAUCUUUUAAUCGGACUGAUAAUACUCCACAGUGACACUCUGGUUGGGAGAGUAAAGGGAAAAGUUAAGGAACGUCAAGGAAUAUCUCACCAUCACCCUGUUAUUUAUACAACCUCUGACCUUCUGCGUUUUCAAAGCAUGUACUUUAUCCAGAAUGGUUUUUUGGAUCUGAACCUUGGGUGUGCUAAGCAAAAUAAUGCUUUCACAGGAACCUAAAAUCAACGUCUUGUGUUUGCCUACUAUGACUUUAAUAACGCAGUACACACAUACCGAAAACACACACAGCCUAUAUCAAAAUGUUCUGCCAUGAAGACUAGAUCCCACUCCUUCCCCUACAAAAAUAGAUAGUGAAGCUAUUUGUGCUAUGAACCAAAGACUAGUUGCAUUAAACUAAAGAAAAAACUGAAUGUCCACUUAUUAUUAUUAUUAUUGUAGUGUGAAACCAAUCAAUGAAAUGAUACAGCUUUGUGAGUCCAUGACAGGAUAUUAUGAAGUCACAAUGAGCAGGUUCUGGAUUGAUCCAGAAUCUAGAGGUUGAUCCAGAAGAAGAAACACUGAUGAUGUCCUGCAUCUCCCUUCCCUCUGUCUCCAGUAGGUAUGACAUGAUAUGACAGCAUCUCGGAGCCCAGAACCAAAUCCAGCAUGCGCUAGUCUGAGAUUAGACAUGACACGCCAUUUCUCCUCUCUUUGCCAGGAAGUGCAAUGUGCCAACAGUUCCUCUGUAGAGCUGUCUGCUAGUGUGGGGAGUAGACUGAUAUUAGGAACACACCCCACAUGCCUUCAUUACACCUAUGCAAGUCCUGAUCUACAACCGUGCCUUGACAAUCAAUCCCAGCUUCUUGCUUAGCAACACUUGCCCACACGAAUCACAGAGAUCAGUUUUUAUGUCAUAAGGCUCUCCUCUAACUUUAUUGUUGGUCAGCAGUAUAUUUGGUAUUUAAUCAUUGACAUCAGACUUUAAAAAUCAUUUUUCAAACAGUCUGUUUAUUAACCAGUCAUGAUUGAAGGGGAUUACCUCUAUAAUGAUGUCAUCUACCAUCCCUAUCCUACCAUCCUUAUAACAGACAUAUUUGAAUCUGUGACAGUUAGUUUCCUGUCAUGUGACAUGUAGCACGGGCGACGUCAUUGGCUGUUUCAGGCCUUCGCGAAACGUCAUUGGAUGUUUCAGGUCUGCUCUGUUGCUUGGGGCAGGAUGAGUUUCUACAUGUCCUCACCUGUCUAUGUGUGCGCAGAGCUGAGAAAAUACUAGAUGUAAUCCACACACAGACAAAAUGGAGUUUGGUUGUGUUUAGGCCAGCUCUCAAACUGGGAUUUAGACUUUUCUUUCUGUAUGCUGAAAUAUUAUUAUUCACUCGGCUGUCUUUGUUAGUUUUGGGGAUUGCCAUGUUUGUUCUGUCUCAAUUUAUUAUUUCAAACUGGAACUUGUUACAACAUUUUUGUUACUUUUUAUUUGAUCAUUUUAGCUAAUUGGAAGUUUUAAAGUAAUAUUUUUGGAAUGGAGCAUUUUUAGAACAAUGAGAUGCUUUGUAUUUGUUGAAAAGGUAUUAUUUGUGUGCGGUUGAUGUCAGUCAGUAUUAUAAGCAAUGUACAUUUAUGUGACAGUAUUACAAACCUGUGAAAUCACACUCACUUAAAAAUAAAUAUUGUGCCUUUUUUUUACCCAG